AUGGCGUCCUCGCCCGCGGGGCCGUAUUCCAACCUGCCGGAAGUAUCUCCGCCCAUACUCGAACGCUCGAUCCUCGAGAGCGGAUACACGCGCGAGAGCGGUCGGACCAUCCCCAAUGGCACGUCGGACUAUUCUAGCAACGCGGCCAGCAACAGUCUCCACUGCCGAAACGUGACGGCCAAGUACGAGGAGUACAUCAAUCCAUGCGUGUUGAGUUGGAGCGAUCUGAGCUACGCCGUGCCGAGCAAAAAGACGACCAAGAACCCGUACGGCAAGAAGAUCAUCCUGGACAAAGUCAGCGGACGCAGCGCACCCGGAGACCUCACGGCCAUCAUGGGCCCGUCCGGUUCGGGUAAAACCACACUGGUCGACCUGCUGGCCGACCGUAUCAGCUCCGGCCUCGUGACCGGCAACAUCGAAUUGAACGGCACGGACCGCGUGACUAAGACGUUUCGGGCCGUGACGAGCUACGUGGCCCAAGAAGAUACGCUGCUGGGCUCGUUCACAGUAGUGGAGACCAUGAAGAUGGCGGCCCGACUCAGUCUGCCCAACAGUGUGGUAAUGACGGACAUCCACUCGCGCGUUGAGAGUGUCAUGGACGCGAUGGGACUCGGUGCCUGCAGGAACACCCUGGUCGGCGACAUCUUCCGGAAAGGUCUGUCCGGUGGCCAGAAGCGGAGACUUAGUAUCGGUAUUGAGCUGCUGUCGAACCCGAGCAUCCUCAUUCUGGACGAACCCACCAGUGGCCUGGACUCCAGCUCGGCACAUAACGUCAUGAAGUACAUUUUGAAACUCUGUGGCGAAGGCAAGAACGUAUUGUGCACGAUCCACCAGCCGUCGUCGCUGGUGUACGACAUGUUCACGAACGUCAUCGUGCUGUCUUUAGGGCAGAUAGUGUACUGUGGAUCUCGCGCCAACAUGAUCCCACACUUCGGUUCCAUUGGGUUCAACUGUCCCAAAUACAUGAACCCGGCCGAGUACUUCGUGAACCUGGUUAACACGGACUUUGAGGACCACGUGGACGUCACGAAACUCGUCCACGCGUACGCCCAGAGCAAUGUAAAGAAGCAGCUUCUAGACCAACUCUCGGCCGACCGGGCCACUCUACAGAACUUGCCUGAUAUCGAGCUGAGACCGUCGUCCGCGAUGCGUCAGUUCAGCGUUCUCAUGUACCGCAACACGCUCAACAACAUCCGCAACCCCGGAAUCUACUGGAUUCGGUUGUUCAUGUACUUCUGCUUGAGCUUCAUGGUCGGCACCAUGUACUUGAGCACGAACGACGACUUGACCGAGGAGGAUCUGGUGCCACUGCUGUUCUACGUCCAGGCGUUCCUGGUGUUUAUGUCUGUGGCUGUCCUACCGUUCUUCAUCGAACAGCGUGCGGUGUUCGCUCGUGAACGUGCCAACAGUUCGUUGAGUGUGGUGAGCUACGUGUGCGCCAACUUCUUGGCUACACUACCGGGUAUCUUCCUAAUCGCGGCGAUGUCGACGGCUUUGGUGGUCCUUCUGGCGGGUCUGAACGCGUUCGAGUAUUUCCUAUUGAACCUGUUCCUGUCACUGGUAGUGGCCGAGUCGAUGAUGCACGUGAUCGGGGCUGCCGUCCCGCACUAUAUUAUCGGCAUCGCGUUGGGUGCCGGCGUGUUCGGUAUGUUCAUGCUGUGCGAGGGUUUCAUGGUUCCUCGUGACUCGAUCCCGGACUACUGGAUCUGGGGCUACUACCUGGCGUUCCACUCGUACUCGUUCGAGUCGUUCGUGUUCAAGCAGUUCGAGAACGAGACGUCGGACGCGGCUAAGGGAAUUCUGACGAAGUACGGCAUGGAGGAUGUGGAUGUCAUGAAGGACAUGCUGUAUCUGGUAGCAUAUGUAGCUGUUUUCCAGAUCCUUUUCAUGUUUAUCUUGUGGAAAUUCCACACAGGUCGUCGCUGA